AUGUCCAGUGUACAAUCAGAAAUUCCUACACUUGCAAAGAAACUAGAAAGCAGCUUACACAUGGAAAUGAUUCAGUUGAUAGAAACAGAGAUGGUUCAAUUAUUGGAUUUAAAAUACAAAGACCUGUCAGCAGUUAUUAUGAAUAAGUUUAAAGUCUUGAUGGAAAACAUGGACUUAAUGGUUGAAGAGGUAAGGGAAUCUCUUAAAAAUGACCUAAAGAAACUUUUAGGAGUAAAAAGUACAAUGCUUGAAAUGGAAAAUCCAGAGAACCCCAAUAACAGAAAAGAGUUGCAACAAAUAAAGGAUACCACAUCUAUAAAAAGAGGAUUGGUAGAGAAAAUAGAAGGAGAAAACUAUAUUGAGGAUAUUGAAAAUUUGACUUUUAAAAGAAGUGAAAUAAUUAAACUCAGUAGCAAAUUAGACCAAAGUAAAGAUUACACUACUAACCAAGGUAAAAAGUUGUCCCUGGAUGAUUCACAAAAUCAUAAAGUUCUAGAAAAUAUGGAAGAAGACAUAGGUAAUACAGAUGACACAGGUAGAAACUGCAACAUUGAUAUAGAAGUUACAGGAGAGAAUGAGGAGGAAGAGCAGGGCGAGGAUGAAUUAGUCAAAAAUAAAGAGAAGGUUCUAAAAGACUCCAAAGAAGAUGGAGCAAUACUAACAUUGGCAGCAGACUUUUCAUCGGCAACACUGGACAUGAGUAAGCAAUGGAGUAAUGUCUUCAACAUUUUGAGGGAAAAUUAUUUUGAACCAAAAAUUUUAUGCCAAGUUAAGCUAGCAUUUAAAUGUGAUGGUGAAAUCAGGACUUUUUCAGACAUGCAAAGCCUCAGGAAAUUUAUUAGUCAAAAAUCUUGUAUGAAAGAAUUACUUAAAGGGGCAUUCCCAGAAAAUGAAAACACGAAGAAAGGAGGAAAAAGAUACGGCAUUCAAGAAAAAAUGAACAAAACUCACAUAGCCUCUAACUAUGGAUCUGUGGCAGCAACCAGUGAUGGCUUGAGCUUUCUAUUUACUAAAGAGGUAAAGGUUGCUGAGCCAGAGGAGGUAAAAAGCUUAGAGACUCGCGAGGAAGAGGCUUCCAACUCUAAGGAAAAAGAAGCCCUGGAGGAGGAAGAGGCCUCAGAGCUAGAAGAGGGAGAAGAGGCUUUAGAUUUGGAGGAGGGAGAAGAGGCUUCAGGGCUGGAACAAGAGGCUUCUGAGUUGGAGGAGGAAGGAGAGGUCUCAGAGCUAGGGGAGGAGGAAGAGGUUUCAGAAUUGGAUCAAGAGGAUGAGUCUUUAGGACCAGAGGAAGAAAAUGCCUCAGUAUUAUGUGACAAACAGAACUCAAACUUGCAGUAUUAUACGAUGGCACAUGGAGUUGAAAAAAACAGUGAGGAAUUGGAUAAUAGUUUUACUGAAGAGGAUGACUAUGAGCUUUAUGAGCUACAGGAGGGAGAAAGCUCAGAGUGGGAAAGGGAACUGUACUUACCAUGGCCAGAAGAAGAGGAGUCUGAAGGAGAAGAGACUACCUCCCAGACUGAGGAAAAAGAGGCCUCACAUUUACUUAAAGAACUUCCCUGCUCUUACGUGGCUUCAGAUUCUGAGGAGGAAAAAUUGGUGAAACAUAAACUAACAUCUAAGGAAACAGACUUAUUACAAGAAACAGAAGAGAACUUUAGGAGAAGUGUAAUUAAUUCAUUCAGAGAGAUAAAAGAGGAGAUUAGAGAUAUUAAAAAUUACCAUCCUGGAAAUAAAAAACUAUCUACACUGAGUGUUAGAAUAGACAUACUUAAAGAGAAAAUAAAUAAUCUAGAGGAUCGAAUUGAAGACUUCUCUAAGGAUACAAGGCAAAUGGCCCAACAGAUUAUAAUUAAAGAACAAAUAAGAGAUGUAGAGGAUAGAUCCAGAAGCUCAAACAUCCGUUUGAUAGGAAUUCCAGAAAAAGAUAAUAAAGGGAAUGGAGCAGAAGACAUAAUUAAGGAAAUAAUUGAAGAAAACUUUGCGGAGCUAAAUAAAAGGUCAUGUCUGGACAUUGUCAGUGCCUUUCGAGUACCUAGUAAAAUAGAUGAAAAGAGACCCACUCCUAGACACAUCUUGGUGAAAUUUGGCAGUUCCGGUGAUAGAGAAAAAAUCAUAACUGCUUCCAGAAAGAAAAAAGAGGUAACCUACAGAGGAAGAAGAAUUCGAAUGACAGCAGACUUAUCAUUGGAUACUCUGGAUGCUAGAAGUCAAUGGGGCAGUAUCAUAAGAGGUCUGAAGGAAAAAGGCUUUAACCCUAGAAUCUUAUAUCCAGCCAAAUUGGCAUUUGAUUUUGAGGGUCAAACAAAGGUAUUUUUUUGUAUUGAAGAAUUCAGAAAGUUUAUUUCUUGCAUACCCUCUUUGAAAGAAUCACUGGAGGAUAUAUUUUAA